ACAUCUCAAUUACAUUCUUCGGUUAACCAUAAACCGAGGAUUCCGGUUCAGGCUUAGCUUAACCAAAUUGCAAAAGACAAUUCCAUUGCUGAAGUGAAGUCUGUUUGUUCUUAUCACACCAUUCACCAGACAUCAUUGUUCGUCGUCUUCCUCUCUCUCUCUCUCUCUGCGUCCUCAGGUGUUCAGCAGAAGAAUACAGAAGCAAAAGUCCAUGGCAGCGAACAAUUUCGCGACGAUGCUAAGCAGAAAUACAAACAAAAUCACAGUGAUCUUAGUCUACGCCUUCCUCGAAUGGCUUCUCAUCUUCUUCCUCUUCCUCCACUCCCUUUCUACUCACCUUCUCGUGAAUUUCGCCUCUUACUUCGGCCUCAAGCAACUAUGUCUCUUCUGCGCAAGGCUUGAUCGACUCUUCGAGCGGAACCCAGAACCAGGAUUCACUUGCAAAGAGCUUAUAUGUGAAAAUCACGCUGCAGGGCUCUCCGAUUUGAGUUUUUGCAAAACCCACCGGAAACUUGCCCAGUCCAUGAAAAUGUGCCCAGAUUGCUCGGAUCGAGACAAAGACAAAACUUCGCAGAGAAGUAUCGGUUGUGCACUGUGCCCUUGUUGCCAGAGGAGCUUGGAAGAGAAAACCUACCCUAAUUACUUGCUUAUCAAGUCAUCAUCUUGGGGGAAUUCUCUUGGAUACAAAGAAAAUGGAGGUUUGAUCUUGGAGAUGAUCGAUGAUGACAAAAUCGGAGAUGAGUUCGAGAAAGAGAGAGAAUCAGGUCGCUUAGACGGCAAGGGGCACGAUCAGAACAACGGUGAAGUGAUUUCUGAUGUCGGGAGCUAUGGUUUAAGCCUUAGAGAAAUGUCCGAGGAGGAUGGUUUGAGAUCUAUAAGCACAAACUUUCCGGGCAACGAAGAUGAAAUCUCAGAGAUCCAACACUCCUCUGGGCAGCUUCUUUUGGGCAAGGAUGAUUAUUCGCUUAAGAUCAUAGAUCUGUCUGAUCACGAGAUUCUUGCAUGUGGUCCUGACCGUUUGAUCCCAGUUGAGCUGAUCGAUUCAUCUACAAUCACCAACCAAAAAGUCAUCAGAUCGAGUGAAGAGAACCAUGCUCCAGAAGCCGAGCUGAAGGAUAACGCAGGAAAUGUUCCAAUGGAUACAGAUGGGUCGAAUCAAAAUCCAGGUAGAAUAGAAACAGAUUGCCAAAACUUGUCUCUCUAUUUGCUGGGGUUUUACAGGGAACCUUCAGUUUGUGAUCGAAACGCAGGACACGAAGAAGAAACAGAGGGAGCAGAUUUGUUGGAUGACCAGUCUGGGACCAAGAAACUCAUUUCUAAACCAGAAGAUGAAUCUUUGGAUCCUCUUCUAACAGAUAGGGAAAAUGAAGAAGAAAAAGAUACUGAUGAUGAUCAAGAAGAAGAAGGUGAUGAAAGGACAGAGGAGAGAAUGGAGGAGAAGCUUCUUCCAGAGACUCCAACAUCAGGUGAUACCCUUAAGUCCCUGCACAAGAAAAUUCUUCUACUUGAUAGAAAACGAGAGCCUUCAGCUGAAGAAUCGGUAGAUGAGAGUGAAUUGGAUAGUGAGGAUCCGUUUCAGACAAUAGAAAGGCUGAGAAAUGCUGUGAAGGUAGAACGAGAGGCUCUUCGUGUGUUGUAUGCAGAACUCGAGGAAGAAAGAAGUGCUUCUGCUAUAGCGGCCAACCAGACAAUGGCGAUGAUAACAAGGCUUCAGGAGGAGAAAGCAAAGGUGCAUAUGGAGGCAUUGCAGUACCAGAGAAUGAUGGAGGAGCAAGCUGAGUAUGAUCAAGAAGCCUUGCAGCUGUUGAAUGAUUUGAUGGUGAAACGUGAGAAAGAGAAGGAGGAACUCCACGAAGAACUCGAGGUUUACAGGAAGAAGGUCUUGGAAUAUGAAGCGAGAGAGAAAAACAAAACUGUGAGUGAAAAUGCUGAUGGUGAGGGAUCUGCCCAUGAUGAUGUAGAUGACAAAAACGAGGAUGAUGGCGAGCAAGAUGAUUCUUCUGAGACGGAUAUGGAUUUGGAGAAGAUAACGAUGGAUUGCGUGAAACAUAUGAGCAUGCUUGAUGAAUCUCUGUCUGAGUUUGAGGAAGAGAGGUUAACAAUUCUGGAUCAACUGAAGGUGUUGGAGGAAAAGCUUUUGACAAUGCAAGAGGAUGAAUCUGCAGAUACUUCGAAAUUUCCGGGAGAAAUCAGCAAUAGCUGCGAAGCAAACGAGACCUCAAAUGGGUUUUCAGAGAGACUAACAAUGGCAUCGAUGGCGAAGAGCCUCCUACCUCUUCUCGAUGCAGCGGAGAACGAAACUGAAGACGGGUUUCAGGAAGAACCAGAAUCCAUUGAAAGGGAUGAUAGCUUGGACAACGAGAAACUAGAGAUUAUCAAACAAGUCGAUAACGUAUACGAGAGAUUACAAGCCCUUGAAACUGAUGGAGAGUUCCUGAAAAAUUGUGUGAGUUCAGUCAAGAAAGAUGACAAGGGAAUGGAUCUUCUCCAAGAAAUCUUGCAGCAUCUCAAUGAUCUUCGAAACAUUGAGCUCAACGGGACAUAGAAAAAACUAGGAGUGGAAAGCUGCCCGGAGGAGUGACAUUUGCAAGAAUCAUAAACUCUUUUCAGAAUCAGACAAGGUCUAUUGGGAUAUAUAUAUAUAUAUAUAUAUAGAAGAGCCAAGAGUUCAGAUGGAUGGAUGGGGUGAUCCUUCUCUCUUCUAUGUUCAUGUGAUUUUUGCUUUUCUUGUUAUUUGGGGGUGUUUUCAAUUAGCAAAGAGAGAUGGUUACAGAUUUUUUUUUUAUAAUUUGAAGGGAAAAAAUGCAUUUUUAUGUAUGGGAUUUUUGUAAUAUCUCAUUUUCUGAGCAUGGGGAUCAAAAGUAAAGGAAAUUAGGGUGCUGAAA